AUGUCGACCAACGCAACGAAAAGGAAAUUCAACACUUUACUACAAGGCCUAGGACCACCGAGCCCGAACAAUGUCGACGACACACCAGCGCACGACCCCGGCACGACUGCCUCUCCUGGCUCAAUAGCUCGCGCAUCCGGUGUCGAUUUAGAGCUGCUGCAGAAACGCCGACGACUUGGUUUUCCAGACUCGACUGCUCCUAAGCUGGGAAAGAGGGCCAACCUAUCGGCGACCAUAUCUUCAAUUAUCUCUCGACGCCCGCAAAGCCAAGACUCGUCUAAAAGUUCCAAUGCACCACCCGCACGAUAUGCGCCAACCGAUCGAGGAGACUUGUUGAAGCGACUCGGUACUUUCCAAGAGAUAACAGACUGGACUCCGAAGCCGGAAAGAGUGAAUGAGGUGGAAUGGGCGAAGCGUGGAUGGGUAUGUCAUGGCAAGGAGACAGUUCGAUGCCUUCUCUGUCAUCGCGAAUUGGUUGUCAAGCUCAACCGUAAGGACGUUGACGGCAAAGAGAUCUCCGUUCUCGUAGCAUCUGAAAUUGAAGAGGCUCUGGUGGACAAGUAUGCCGACCUGAUUGUAAAUUCACACCAGGACGAAUGUCUUUGGCGCAAACGAGGCUGCGAUGACUCUAUUCUACGUCUAUCUCUGACAAAUGCAAAGGUGACCCUUGCCGCUCUACGUGAGCGCUAUGAUGAGCUCUUGUCAAGAGAGGCGUUCUUGCCAUACGAAUUCAAUCUUCGAUUGCCAGAUGACUUAAACCUAGACAGUGUCCUCUCACAACUUCCUAGCGGCUUCUUCACUAAGCCACCUCCUGCGAAAGAGGCUAAACCUCAACCACACCGUGUCGCCUUGGCACUUGCCCUGAUGGGAUGGCAAGGUCUAAACAAUCCCCGCAUUGGUGCAGUCCCAAACUCAGCCUCUUGUCACACAUGCCUUAGACGCCUGGGGCUCUGGAUGUUCAAGAGUAAAGAAGUGGCAGAUAAUGGAGAUAUCAUAGUACCUGCCCCCAUGGGUUUCCUAGACCCGUCCAGAGAACAUCGUUUCUUCUGUCCGUGGUCCAACCCCGAAACGCAAAGGCAAGGCCAUUCCCAAAGCCGUUCCGGGCAAGAUUUGCCAGGCUGGAAGGUGCUGGUGCAAACACUCACAAACGAAGCCCACCUUCGAAGUGUCUAUGAGGGGCGUUCGCCUGCCCGGCAUCGAACUCAGCGUUCGAUGGGUGCGCCGACCACACCACAGAGGCCUGGUACGGCUGCAUCUAUCAACACACCAAUUGCGACACCCGGCUCCGUUGCCGAAUCUAUCCCAGACAACGCCGAAGACGACGACAAAGACAGGGAUGCCAAGGACAAGGAGCGAUGGGCGAGAUUGAAGAGGGUAAAGAGUUUGUUCGACACAAAGGGGAGUAGGAAGUUGAGGCAGUCAAUCAGCAAGUCCAUCAGUCGACCAGGAACGGCACAUUCGACAAAAUCGAGUGGCGAAGCAAAGGAUUCAUGA